UCGGUGUAACUCUGCGAACACAGGUUAAUACACAAUUUCGUACUUACGAUCCAAAACGGCUGCGACGAAUAUGGAUGGUCAAUUAAUAGGAAAUUGGUAUUUUGAAACCCCUCCUGUACCUCGUUCUCCGUGGUUUUAUUCUUCGACGACAAGGUAAACAAUACAAGGCGACGGAUCCCAAUGGAUCGAAAGACGAUAAGAGAAGUGAGAUACAAACAUAAAGGACAUAUGCAGAAGAAGAUGAGGACCUAUAUGAAGCUAUUCUUAGAGGUGACUGGAAGAUUGCCAACCUCGCGUGAAUGUCCCCAAUACGAAUUAAUACCGGGAAAAAUUCGAAGUCCGGAACCAAUGGAGACCUCGACAACGGGUACCGAACAACAUGAAGCCAAUGGCAGAGCAACAGUAGAAGAGCAACGUAACGUUAUCGACGAAAAUUCGCCCAAUAACACGGAGAAUAGAGAUAAAACUAGCGAUGAAAUGUGCGUAGAUGAGAAGAAAGUACAUGAAAUGCGUGAUUGCGAUACGGCGAAUUGUACAAGUAUUAUUAGCAAUGAUAGUAUUUGCAAUGAAAACAAUGACGAUCGCAUGUUGGGUGAUAGUACCGAUAUUAUCAAUGAAGAGUGUUUGGGUAAUUUUAAUAGUAAUAUUGUCGGAAAUGAAUGCACCGUGGUAACCGACGAUAACGAAGAUGAAACGUUUUUCAUAGAGGAUAGUGAUGAAAGCUCGGAUGACGGUCAAGACCAGUACCUAGAUAUAGAUGGAAGCUCCUACAUCAAUCAUGAAAACAAUGGCGUUAAUGGUAAUGGAAAUGGCGGUGAUAACGCCGUGGCAUUGCCAUCAGAACGUUUGCAAAACGAUAGAAUAAGACAAAAUGAUCCCUGCUAUUCUAAAUUCAUUACCAUUAUCGCGAUAGGGGUCCGGUUCUGCCUGAAUGUGUUGGCGAUAUUGGUAAUUCUUAAAGUAAUUAAAAAGUGGACGAAUAGUGUGACUAUUCCCACUACGAGGAGAACGAUGUGGAAAAGAUUAGGUUGGAACGAAGAAAACUUCCAAACGCGGCACUUGUAUUGUCAACGGUGCCAAUAUGUUAUCGGGACGGGAAAGUUACCAGUAGAAGACUGUCUAUGCAAAGUAUCGGGACCAGGGAAACCAUUAAGUACAGUAGGAUUCUUCGUCACGCUUGAUUUGAUUAAUCAAAUGGAAAGAUUUUUCUCUAUACCUAAUUUCGUUGAACUUCUAAGAUACGCGAAAAAUCGAAAAAAGCUAAAUGACAACGGUAUAGAAGACAUAUUUGAUGGAAAGAUGUAUAAGGAGAUGCAAAAAUCUGGAGGUUUUUUAUCGAAUAAGUGGAACUUUUCUUUUACGAUAAAUACAGACGGGUGCCAAGUCGCGAAUUCAUCGUCAGUUAGCGCCUGGCCAAUAUUACUAACCAUUAACGAGCUUCCACCACACGCACGCAAACGAUUUAUAAUUAUGGCCGGAGUAUGGGUAGAUAAAAAUCAUCCCGAUAUUAACACGAUCAUGAAACCCGUUGUAGAACAACUUCGUUUUUUAUAUAAUACUGGUAUAAUGUGGAAGCCAAACGGAGUUGACAUGAUCUGCAGUAAAUUUAUAACGAUUAUUUGCUGUGUCGAUUCUGUGGCACGAAGCAAUAUUCUAAACAUGACGAGAUUCAAUGGCAAAUACGGAUGUCCUGUGUGUUACGCUUCAGGAAGACGAUGGGGGGAUAAUCUUCUUUGGGUAUACCCUGACAUGGAAUCUCAACUCCGUACCGAUAGAGAAAUUCGUUCCGAUAUGGAAAGUGCGAUGAACAGUAAUAGUAGAAUAAAGGGAUUUAUCGGUAACAGCAUACUUAGAUACCUUCCGGAAUUCCAUUUAGACAAAGGGGUUGUAAUUGAUUCCAUGCAUAACAUGUGGCUCGGGGUGGGAAAAAAAUUGACCCUACUAUUACUUCAUGCCAAAGCAACCGAUCGAUGGUACAUUCGUAGCAAAAGUAGUUUUGAGAAGCUUAUAAACGAGCGGCUACUAAAAAUACGCACGCCCAGUAAAAUCGCGAGGAAGCCGAGAGGUAUUGAAAACUGUAAAGUGUGGAAGGCGAGUGAAUGGCGCAAUUGGAUUUUAUACUAUUGUGUACCGUGCUUGAAAAAUCUGAUUCCUGAUGAAUAUUUCCAACUGUUUUGUUACUUGUCCGAAGCUGCGCAUAUUUUAAAUAAUGAAUCCGUUGACAACCGAGGAAUUCGCAAGGCUCGGCUUCUUAUUCAAUUUCUAACGGAAGAGUACCAAAACUUGAUGGGACUAGGAAACAUGACAUACAACUUACACAUACUGAAACAUGUUCCCGAUUGCGUAGCUAACUGGGGCCCUACGUGGACUCACAGCGCUUUCAUAUACGAGGGUUAUAAUCGUCAAAUAAUGUUAUCAUUAAAAAGUCCUAACGGUCGUCCGUUGCAAAUAAUGCACAGUUAUGCACUGAAAGAUUUUUUACGCGAAGUCAAGAGCGAUCCAUAUUUGGACGACGAAGUUCUGGAACAAAUAACGGAUAUACUCAAUGUCGGUUUAAAGAACAAACAAUUACAUAACCACGAAUAUGUGCAGUACUCAGAAUUCCGAGGACUCGGAUGUCCUAUUGUUCGCGAACCCUCCGCUAUGGAGAAGAGCCUCUUAUCGAAUGAAGGCCUCACUUGCGAAGGGCUAUUUAAAGAUUAUAACAAAGCAACGAUAAGAGAUGUCAUUUAUGCUUCCGAGAAAGGUGAUAAUAAUGUAACGCAAAGUUGCGACAAAUACGUUUACACAAGAGGCGGAUUGUUUGCAAGAAUAGACGCAAUCGUGAGUUUCGUUGAUAACGAUAACAGAUCUAUAAAUGGCUUAUUUGUUACAUUCUUUGAAAUUAUUGGUCAAAAUUGCGGAGCUGCACAUUUACACGAGUUAAUUGAAGCGUUGAAAGGGUUUGUCACAACGGAAGAUGCACUUACACCAGCGAUUAUAAUGAAAACGGACAAUGUUAUGUAUGGUGUCAAAAUUACGAACGUAUGGGAAACUGAUUGAAAUAGAAUUAAGAAUUUAAAGCGAAGCACUGGCGUUGAUCCUAAAGUACUAUUUGCUUUACACACCACUGCGAUACAUUUUGCAAAACCCAUUUAUUAAAAAUGAUCGUACCGAGCGAACAGAAACAAUAAUGUAUGUCGAAAUAAUGGAAAAUUGUCAUAAGUUGAGUAUCCCAAAUGACUACAAAAAAUGCAGCUGUCUCUCGCAAUUGCCCUUUAACUAUGUUGAAUUAUGAAAUUAAUUCAUAAAAUAUUGUCAUAUAUGUACAAGAAAGUAUAUCAUUCCCAAAUCCUUGUUCAAUAUGAUAUUCGAGAUUUCACAGUGAACGAUUUUGAUAAUAAUUCGCGCUGCGAUCCAUUCUAAAUUGUAUUGAAGCAACUUUUUAUUAAUAUUUGGCCGCAUGGAUUAUUAGACAAAUCCGUAACUUAUCAGAUCUUGGUAAAAACAUUUCACAGCGCAACUUUCACAAUAAAUAAAUUCUAAUGGCUCACGGAAGAGAACUCUGCAAAGAGUACUAAUGACCUGCUCAAACAGGUCAGUACGCCAGGCCAAGGAACUCGGCAUGAGAGCCAUAACGGCUUUCCUGGAGGUCAGUACGACUUGGAGAUGAAGCCCGCUAAAAUGGUCAUAACGGCUGUUCAUGAGGUCGGCACGACUAUAGGUCAAGAAACCCGGCAUGAGAGUCAAAACAGCCGUUCAGGAGGUCGGUACGACCUGGAGACGAAUAUCUAGAACGGUCAUAACGGCUGUACAUGAGGUCAGUACGACCUGAGGACGAAUCUCGGUAGAAUGGUCAUAACGGCAAUUCAGAAGGUCGGUACGACCUGGAGACGAAUAUCUAGAACGGUCAUAACGGCUGUACAUGAGGUCAGUACGACCUGAGGACGAAUCUCGGUAGAAUGGUCAUAACGGCAAUUCAGAAGGUUGGUACAACCUGGCGACGAAUCUCCACGGAACGGUCAUAACGGCCGUUUAGGAGGUCGGUACGACUUGGGGAACGAAAAAACCAGUAGAAGGGUCAUAACGUCCUUUCCGGAGAUAAGUACGACUGUCUGACGAGCUUGCGGGUAAGCUUGCAAAGGGUCGGGACGAUCCUUUAGAAGGGUCGUUACGACCUUGAGUAAGCUUGCAACCACAAUGACAAAGAGUCGUAACGACCUCGCAGAGUGUUGUUACGACCUUCGACCGGAAGUGACGUCGUGGUCAUGAUGACCCUCUUCAGCGAGGUCCCGAAAUUGCAAAAGUAUACCUUCGGCGAAAGUCGUAUGAGCAGUCAGGGAUGGAUUGCAUUCUGAAACCAUGAAUUCUUAUGCCAUUCAUAAAUGAGCCAUCGAUGACUUUUUGUAGCAUUUUGAAUUAUUUUUUAAUAAUAGGAAGUUAUUAUACUUGGUGCACAUGUCAAUACACAGAAUUUUCAUAGUUUGCAAGUAUCCGGUGUGGUUUAUUCAUCUAAAUUUUCUUACCACAAAUUCAUGAAAUUAAUCAUGCCAAAACGAAAAGUAAAAAGACAGCGUACUGAAGAGCGAACAGAACUUUAAAUUGUUUGAUGUAUAUGUGCAUUGGCUUCCGACGACAACAAAUUCAGCCCUAUUCGCUGAAGAAGUAAGCGGCUGAAGACUUUAGUAAUGAAUUUCUUUGUUUACAUACUACAGUUGAAACCAAAACAUGAAAUGAUUUAUACACCGGCCGCCUUACAGAAAUAUUAAAGUUUACAGGUACUUGCUGCAUACCAGUAAUACAAACUUUGAUACUAUGGGGAAAAACAUUUCAGAAUUUCCUGAGCCACAUUUUUGAAAGUUAUUAUUACACAUUUAAGAAAAAAAGUGAAAGACAUGGUGCAUAUUGAAGCAGUAAGCAAAAUGGAGUAAUUUUGUAUGUCUCCAUGGUUAUACGCAGAUAAAAUAUUUGAUCGCAUCCAAAAAUGAUCAAGUGUAGA